AUGGAUUCGUGGAAUAUAUGGUCAUUUUUAACAAUCAUUUUGAUUAUUUUCGACAAUAAUAGACAAUCAUUUUCGAUUGGAAAUAAUGAAGUUCAAGGGCUAUCAUCAUCAAAAAGUUGGACAUCCAAUGAUCAAACAAUACUACGCCAUGUUCAAAUAGUAUUUCGUCAUGGUGAUCGUACACCCGUUUGGGUUGAACCACCAGAACCUUAUUAUGAAAAGCAUAAAUAUUGGCCACAAGGUUUUGGUCAACUAACCAAACAAGGUAAAGCAAAAGCAUAUCGACUUGGGCAGCUAUUACGUAAAUAUUAUAGUGAUUAUCUUGGUUGGAGAUUUUCGGUUCAAGAAGUGUUUAUUCGAAGCUCGGCAUUGGAUCGAUGUAUAGAGACGGCUCAACUGAUUAUGGCAGGAGCUUAUCCACCCAAUUCUAGUCUGGCUCGUUGGAAUAUCAGUUCAACUUCCGAACCAUUGGCAAAAUUAUGGCAACCGACACCAAUCGAAUCAUUUAUACCGGCUGAUGAGGAUACAUUACUUCGAAUAAAUAAACCAUGUCCUGAAGCAGAUGAAAUUAAAGAACGAUUAUUGGAUUCACGCCGAAAUCGUCGCCUAUUACAACGAUAUCGUCCACUGUUAGAUCAAUUGGAACGAAUCUUAUCUGACCAUCUUCAUACAAUUGAACAGGUUUCGAACGUACAUGAAAAUAUGAAUAUCAUGCACGAAAACGGUUAUUAUUGGUACAAAUGGGAACCCGAAUCUGGUAAUCGUAGCGAGGAACUUUCAAAAUGGACUCAAGAAUCAGAGGAAGAAAUACGACGACAGUUAAGACUAUUUGAGGUGGCCAAAUAUCGUUCUAUGUUUGAUGAUGAUUUUAUCAAACAAGUUAGAGCAGGUGAACUACUACAUCGAAUCGGUGAUAUAUUCAAAUCGAGACGUUCGGUAAUGGAACCAGCAUCUGAUUCGGAUCGAGAUUAUCGUCUGCAUCUUUAUUCUACUCAUGAUACGAAAUUGGCAGCAUUGUUACAAACAUUGAACGUAUGGAAUCAGGAACUUGUGCCAUAUCUUGGAACUUUGAUGUUUGAAUUACAUCAAAGUCGAGAAAAUUCUUCACAAUACUACGUACAAUUAUGGUAUCUGAACGAAACUGCUGAUUUGCUUGAAGCGCAGGAAUUACGGCCACAUCGAUUAGAUAUUCCUGGCUGUGAUCAAGAGGAAUUCGACGAACAAAAUCUUAUGUGUCCUUUAGAUGAAUUUUUAUUUUUAAUCCAACCAUUUUCACCGCCACAGGAUUGGAAACAUUCAUGUGGUAUUCAUUCCGAAUUAACAGCCAUGAUAAGCGUAAAUAUUCUUCUUUUGAUUGUCAAUUUGACCAUGAUGUUUUUCUUAUUGAUGGGAAUCAUGUAUGUUUGUAGUUGUAUCAAUAGCCGUUCCGGAUAUGAACGAUUAAGAUGAUCUUCUAUCCUAAUUUUAAAGUUAAAAAUUUUUACACAAAUAUCCACUUUUAUGAA